AGUCCAUGUUUGGCUAUUUUUCCGUUUCAGCUGCUACUGUUAUGGUUCUGCUAUGGGCUACAAUGUUUGGGCAUUUGUGUACUUGUGAAAUGUUCCAAAAAUAGGACUGCAUUGUGCUUUCCAUCCAUGCUUCAGCAUUAUUUUGGCUGUCCAGUAAUGUUGCUGCUACGGCUUUGUUGGACUGAUCUGUUUCUGCUGCGGCUUUGUUGGGUUGCUGCUAUAUUGCAGCCUGUUAUGAGGGUGUUUUGCUAUUGUUUCUGCUGUGAAAAGCGAGAACUUUAAAGCUAUGAGAGAGAAACAAUUGGAGCUGCAGCAUACAAUGAGUCGUAAGGGAUAUGCACGGUUGACUGCUGAGCUGAAAGUGAAAAGAAAAGUUGACUCCAUAAGUAGAGCCGUUGUUUGGGCCGAUGGACAUAGAGACAAGAAUGGAAAACCCAAGAACAAGAAUGUUGCACAAAAGAUUGAAGAUAUGGGAAAAAUUGAACGGAAUGGACAGAAUUCAACUAAUCUGAAAGAAGAUGCUGUUUCUAAAGUGCUUGGUGCCGAGAGGAAUGGCCGUGUAAGAACAUUUGGAAAAGGAGUCACUCAAACAAGAUUAACUAUAUUAUCACAAAUGAAUGGUCAAUUUGCUGAAUUACGUAAAGAAAAUGCUCAAAUGAAGUCGCAAAUGUCGGAUAUGCGAAAUACAAUUGACGAGUUCAAGAAAAGCCAAGUUCAGAAUCCGGCAACAACUGAAGCAACACCAACUACACCCCUUGUUUCUCCAUCGGUAACAUGUCAUCCACAGAGUGACAUUACCAAGUGCAAGUUACUAGAUUGGAUGGGGACGGGAGAUGUAGUUGCGGAAGGGCAUUGGGCUUCAAGUGAUCCACAUUCUUGUGCGCAUUGUGUUCCGAUCGGCCCUAAUGCAAUGAAAGUUUGGGUGGAUGUGGCAAAGAAACCUGAAGAGUUUCUGUGGAGGGCUCCAAGUGAUAUGACCUAUAUCGUAGAUGCUGUGGGAAGUACCAUCGCAUGGCCUGCUGACUUUGUUAUUCUGGACUCUUCUUCCCCAGGGUUUAUGGGUUGAUAAAGAAGUGCUGUUGUGACUUUUUGCUGAAGAUGUAGGUAUGAUCUUGCUAGUGUGAUGGCUGUCAUUAUCGCUUGGUUGGUUGAAGUUUUUUUGUUGAUACUUAUGGGAUGGAUAGAUUUUGGAAGGACUGUUUUGGUUGAAGCCUUUUUGUUAAUAUUUCGGUGUCAAGGUUUGAACUCCACUUUUGGGAUACAUAGAUGUUUUGGAAGGCUUUUUUGUUGAUAUUUGGUAACAAGGCUUGUACUCCACUUUCGGGAUACACGGAUAUU